UUACCUUCAAUACUAAUCUGCAGCCGCACUGGCACAACGUGGGCACAACCCUCUCCAUGUUCUCCUCCUCCCAGCCAACACAAUCCUUGUCGAGACAUUCGCAGCCGUCCGCAAACAACGACAUCUCUAUGGACGCCGAAAGGCAAGGCCAGACGCCUGUACAGACUCUUUACCUGAAACCAGAAGCCUAUCCUCGAGGCGGCAAGGAAAAGUGGAAGGCCACAGGACGUACAAUCAGCGCUGCAGCCGGACCAGUUGGCGGUGAAUUAGCAGUAUGGGUCACUAAAAGGCCUUCAGACGACCCAAAUAAGCCUGCAAAGCUCACCAAUGCCGACCCAACAGUCUCAGACGAAGCCAUCAUCUUUGCGUCUAUCAACUCUUUACCACAGCCUCUAAUCCAACUAUAUACCGAGUCACAUCUGUUGUUCACCUCACUUCAACAAAUCGUCGCCGAUUCCGGUCGACGGCGGCUGUCGUCUGUCGGGUUCGGUGUCAAUGGAGGUGCAGAGUCAUGGGAUACAAAAGGGAACUUUGGAGUGGAGGGAUUGUUGGGUCCGCCUGAUGCAGAGACGGUCAUCAAUAUGAGGAGGCUGGCUGAUUUCUAUGUCGACCAAUUGGGAGACCUCAAGGCAUUGCCUGAUAUUGAUGCCGGGCUGAGAGAUCGGUUUAUCGAUGCUUACAACAUUUUCAACAUUGCCGAAAUCCUCUAUCUUCCCAUAGACGGCAAGGGCGAAGGUCUUGUGGGUGAAGAACUCCUCGACUGGGUCAACGAAAUCGACGUCGCACCUGACAACCAACUCGGUAACGAAAUCAUGUCCACCUUGCAUUCAUGGGACCAUCCUUCGUUUUGGCCGUAUAUCUCCCGCUCUAUCCUCCGUGGCUUCCACCUCCCCGCUGCUUCUUUCCUCCGAUCACUUUCUUCCCACCCCUACGCGCCCAUCUCCAAGCUCGCCGUGUUGUUGGCUCAACAUCUCACCAUCCUUCCUCGGUCAUCGGAGACUAAAUGGAGAAUCGAUAUGGAUUUCCUACAAGCACAUAAACAGUGGCUCGCCAAGUUCAAGUCUGAACUUGCGACUCAAUUAGGCGGAAAAGGGGAGGGCAAAUGGUUUGAAGGUGAAUGGGUUAAUUGGGAGGGAGAUUUCAGAUGUGUGGUAGAGCUGAUGGAGGGAAAGAUGGAGAGGGUCUUGGAAGAAGCAGGUGAUUGGAGAGAAGCCUUGGGUGCUUGGGGUAUCCUUGUUGAUGUUGACAUGCGAAGGGACCACUUGCCCGAGGUCAUGUCUAUCAUUACAGAGAGGAUUCCUGUGGACAAAUCCCUCCCUGACCACGUCGUUCAAUCCGCCCUUUGCUCCGCAGAUAUCAUCAAAGCUCUCAUGAGCUGCUACUCUCUCGAUACAUGGCUCUCCGCCCAUCUCGCUGAUCUGUUAGAUAAACUGUCGCUCAUCCCGGACGACGAAGAGCACUUUGAAAUUUCCUUGCGAGACUUCUUUUUGCUAGAGUAUGCGCAAGUGUUGCAAGAUAAUCCGAAUUACAAGGCGUUCUGGAGGGUGAUUUGUGAUUACUUGGGAUAUGCAGGUGAAGAAGGAAGGGGAAGGUUGAAGGAGCAUUUGAAAAGGUUGGAUAUUCCUCUUGACAGGGAUGUAAAAGGAAAAUCCAAGGAAUCGCCUGACUCCACCAAUGACGAACAACAAGGUCUCGACGCUUCAAUGGACAUUGAGAACCCAACCGAGUCCCAAGGGGAAGCGAUCAAACUCCUCGAUGAAGUCCGUUCCGCCUGUGUCGAUUUCCGUCUCGAUGACGUAUGGCAAGAAAUCAGUCAAGUGCUGGCUACGCGGCUGAUUAGCGCCGGGCAAUAUGGUAUGGCGGCGACGUUGGCUUUGAUGGCUAGGGAUGGAUUCGCAUUGUCCAAGAUCGCGGACAAGGUCUUGGAGUCUUUCAUCACCCAUGGUCAAGACGAGUACCUGGCCCUUGUUGAUACCCUCCCUCCUACACUACUCGCCGAAGCACCCACCGCCCUCUUACAUCUCCAACAAUCCACUUCCAACCCCACCGAAUUUCCUUCUCAUUCUGCUGUGAGCGUGUUUGCAUCGAGAAUCACAUUUCUAUCCGAAUUCAGAGAUUACCUCUUGUUUUUGAGCCAGGAUGCGAGAGAUCGAGCUGCGGAGAAGGUGAUCAGUCUUUUGACAAGUGGGAUUGCACCCGUGGGUUUCUGGGCGGUUUUGUUGGUGGAAAGUAUUGCGUUGCUGGAAGAUUCUGAGAUAUUAUUCUCUUCCAACGAAACGUUUGAGCUCCUGCGCGUACUUGAAGAAGUAUACGCAAAUGCCGCUUUUGCAGAGGAAGAGUACCUCGGUCAACUCGUUCAGUACCUCCAGCGGACGCUCAAUACACCGGCAGCAGAGGAAGAAGGGCACAUUAUUAAGAAGAACGAGAAAAAGGUAACGGUGAAGGAUGCGAAAAGAAGGAUGGAAGAAGUGAGAUUGGCGAUAAGUAGAAAUUUGGCGAGAGCGAUGGUCGCCGGAUUCGACAGUCCCUUUUAGGGGGUUCUAGGCAAACUGUGUAAAAAUCAUUUUGUCUAUGCAUACACCGUUUGAAAUGGAAAUAAAGACUACUGUACAAAUACCAUUAAUUGCUCUCAUAAUAUUUCGUGAACCACAUGAAUAAUUAUCAUAAAAGAUUCUUUAUCCUUCACACAUACUUUCGCGCGCCCAGGCGCUCAGUCCAAAUUCAAACAAACGUUUCAAAAAGCAACCUGACUAGCUUGUGCACUCCUGGGCUGAUUUGCUUUUCCCACAGCGCCCCCAUUCACAUACGGCACCGGCAUCUGUAUACUUGGCAAUGCCAUUUGCGCAGACCCAUUCGCAGAUCGAUUCCUACCAAAGGGAGCAUGACCAAGUCUACUGGGCAAAUGUAGAUCCCUCAAGCCACUGGCAUUUGUGGUCACACCAGUCGAGGAAGAAAUGUGAUGGAAAUGCUCGAAAGACGUGGUGGAUGAGGAAGGAGUGUAAAGCGGAGUCGAUACGUGGGAUGGACCGGCUGAGGAAGGGGGCUGAAGAUUGCACAUUCUCUCGUCGCCUGCGUCAACUUGCCCACCGCCUGUCGGACACUUAUUGGGAACGGAUGUGUCCCCGACAUAGCUUUGACAAGCUCAGACACCUUGACGACAAUCUUUAUGAAGGAUUGGGCAUCGUCUGGAAGCGUAGUAUGGCUAUAAGCAAGGGGGUCCGCACGAAGACGUAGGAGAGAUUCGCGCAAAGCGGCAGUAAUUUGUUCGGCGACAGAUAGGUUAUGUACGAGUU